AACAUCAAAGCAAACCUGUCAAACGGAGAAGAAAAAACAACGCGCGACGCGUAAAAGGUUCUCUUUCUUGUGAAAUUUCGUGAAAAAUCCGGAUUGCGAGUCGCAUUUCUGUAUACAUCUCAGCACCGCGAUGGGCGUCCGCAAGUGCAUCAUCGCCGGGUGUCCGUCGACGUCGGACCGGAAGGAGGACCGGGGCGUGUCGUACCACAAGAUUCCGGCCAACGAGGAGCAGAAGGGACGGUGGUGGGUGGCCUGCCGGCUGCCCGACAAUUACGUCAUCAACAAGGGCUCGAACCUGUGCAGCCGGCACUUCCGGAAGGCGGACUUUCAGGCGUUCAAGGGGACGAAGUACCUGCUGAAGAACGGGGUCGUGCCGACGAUUUUCCCGUGGACGGUGGCGAGUGGAGGGGGAGGCGGGGGACGCAAGAAGAAGGAUGAGGAGAAGAAGAAGGCGGCGGCGGCGGUGGUUGAGGUGGUGAAGGAGGAGAAGAAGGAAGAGGUGGUGAUUAAAAAGGAGAAGGUGGAGGAGGAAGUGGGAGAGAGUUCUAAAGCGGAAGUUGAGGAGGUUGCUAAGGAUGAAACGAAGGAAGUUAAGGUGGAAGAGAAGAAAGAAGGGGAGGUGGAGCAGCCGGUUAAGGAGGAUGAGAAGAAGGAGGAAGUGAUUCCUAAGGAGGAACCGGUUUCGACUCCGGUGGCCACAGCCUCUAGCAAGAAGUCAACUCCGGCUUCGAAGAAGCGGUCCACGCCAAAGCGUCCGUCAAAAACUCCGACUUCGGCGCCGUCUUCGAAGAAGACGCGUCGGAGUGAACCGUCGGCGUCGACGUCCACUCCGAAGGACCGUAAAUCGGUUCAAAGUCCGCGCAAGUUGAACCAAUCGCUGAUCAAUUUCGCUCCCGGAACGAAGAUCGAAGCGCAGGACUUUUCCGGCAAGUGGCAUCCGGCCAAACUGGGCGAAGUGGACACCGAGGAGGGUGAAGUCCUGGUUCAGUUUGAGAAGUCCGGCGGUAAGAGCAAAUCGGCCGCCCUGAACGACGAGUGGAUUCCGAUGGACAGCGUCCGCUUGCGGCCAUUCCAAGCCCAGCCCAAGACUCCCCUGGGGAAGACGCGCUUUGUGGUGGGGGAGAAGUGCUUUGCCCGGUGGAGUGACUCGCGCAAGUUCCGGGCCACGAUUCAGUCCGUGCUGGAGAACGACAUGUACGAGGUGCUGUUUGACGAUGGCUUCGUGAAGGUCUGCCGGGCGAAUCACGUCAGCAAGCUGAAGAAACCGGACGGCACGAUGGACACGGAGCAGGUUGAGGCGGCCCCGGAGAUGCCGACGAUCAAGCAGGAACCGAUGGAUGAUUCAAUCGCAACGGAUACUUCGCUGCUGUCCCCGGGACCACCGCCGGCCGUUCCGGCCACGCCGACAGUCGCCCUCUACAUUCCUCAGCUGGCCAAGGUGAGCGACUUCCCGGAGAUCGCCCAAACCGGCGAGUGGUUCUGUCCCUGGAUGAACGACUUCCCCGUCGGAGAAGAGGCCAUUCUCGAGGUGGGCAACUCCAAACUGAACACGGUCAUCGUGGCCGACUGGCGCCUUCCCGAGGGCUGGGUCAAGCACAUCUACCAGCGGAUCACGGCCUUCGGCAAGAUGGACAUCAUCCUGGUGAACGCCGAAGGGAAGCAGUUCCGUUCGCGGCAGGAAAUGAAAACCUACCUCGCGGAGAAGGGCGAAGAGUACGACGGCAACGUGUACGACUUUGGCCUGCACAAGCGUCGCGCCAAGGACAUGGGCUUCUGCCGGUACACCCAGGAGUACAAGGACGCCUUCCUGCCUCCGCCGGUCCCCGCGGAACCGGUGCUCCUCAACACCGAGGUCAACAUCGGCUCCGUCAAGGUCAAAAUCAUCGACAACCUGUUCCAGUGUCCGGAUGUGGACUGUCUCAAAACGUUCCGCAAGGAGAACCACCUUCAAAUCCACAUCAAGCACUACCACAAGGAGCUGGCCAAGGGCCUCGGCGAGAUCCCGAACAUGCAAGAUUUGGCCGCGCUGCGAACGCCUCAGGUUGAAAUCGUCGAGACGCCACCGAAGCCAAGCCCGCGACGAUCGCAGGCCUCUAAUUCGGCCUCCAAGACGUCGGUCAAGUCGGAGGACGUCAAGAAAGAACCGACCGGCGAUGACGUCGAGAAGAAGUUGGACUCCAACGCCGCUGAAGUCGACCCCAAGAAAUCACCCGCAGCUUCAGACCCAACAAAGCCCGAAUCCUCAACCGACAUCAAGAGCCCCAAACCGGAAGCGUCAACCACGUCAACCGAAGGUGCCGCAGCUCCCGAUGUAGCCACUUCCGGUUUCGACCCGGAAGAGGCCAUCGAAUCGCACGCCGUCACCAAACAACCCACGUCCCAGAUCCCUUCAGCGACCUCACUCCCAGCUGUCCCAACUACUUCCGGCACCAGCGUCAAGUCGAGUGCCGCUGCCCCGAAGAUCAAGCUUUUCUCGAAAAAGAAGAAGAAGAAGGGUGCCAAAAAGACCAAGGGCGGAUUCGUUUCGAAGCGUGCCGUUCCCACAAAGAAGGGCAAAGCGAAGAAGAAGAAGGCCCCCGUUGGGCGGGUCGCCUCGAUGGACUACAUGGACGCCGUGGCCGAAGAGACGCGGCACUCGUUCGCGAACGAGAGCUUCUUCCGUCACGGCUACGGGUACGAUCCGGACGCGAGCCAGACGAUGACGACGAACGCGAGCAUUUGUGGCCAGUACGGGGACGACUCGAUCAACGCCGCCGUCAACAGCCCGCGGUUCAUCAGCGAGAACGGCGAAAUGAUCAAGAUCGUGUCGAUGAAGAAGGAGGAGAUCAUCAACUGUCUGUGCGGCUACGGCGAGGAGGACGGACUGAUGGUCCAGUGCGAGCUGUGUCUGUGCUGGCAGCACGGCAUCUGCAACGGGUUCGAACGGGACACGCAAGUCCCAGACAAGUACGUGUGCUACAUCUGCCGGAACCCGGUUGGAGGGCGCGAGUCGCGCCGCUACAUCCACGACCAGGACUGGCUGUACGAGGGCAAACUCCCAGUCGCGAACUACCACGCGACCAACGCGCAAAAGAACGCCGCCAGGUUCGACAUCCUCAAGCAGAGUCACACCCUCGGCGGGAACCUGCUCGAGCUGAAGCGCUUCAUGCACAGUCUCAAGGUGAAGAUCAACAUCGCCGAGCGGAAGGACCACCCCAAAAUGUACCUCUGGUCAAAGAAGUGGGAGAAGAGUCCUCCCCGCGGCGGAAACGGAGACCUCUCCGGAAUAGUCCCGCUGAACGCAUCGCUCACAUCCACAGGCGGCACGCCUUCGGCCGCCGCCCAAGGAUCCGGAGCGCAACCCAACCGCAGCGAUCAACGGCCCGUCCCCAUCCCACACAUUCCCGUGCCGGAAGCGGCAAUCGACCCCGCCGAAUGCCAGGCCAUCCUGCUCGAGCACAUCCAGAAGCAGCAGAACGCGGCCAUGGCCCGGCUGCAGGCGAUCGAGGCGCAGAUCAUCGCCCUGGAAGCGUACGACGACAAGUCCGAGCUGCUCGAGUCGCCCACCGCCAAGAACUACCCCAAGACGAAGCAGACGAUCCACAUGCUGCUGAACGAUCUGACCAAGAUGAAGAAGAUUGCGGCGAUCCACCGCAGCGCGCAGCAGCCGCCGCCGUAUUGAGGAAACGUAGAACGGGCGUACGUUUUGUGGGGCAGGGAUUUGCGUAAAAUGUGGAUUGUUUGAAUUAUUUUAACGUAUACCUACAUGAAUAAACGUGGUUUGAACAAAGCUAAA